AUGCCUGAGUGUGUUGAAUACGAACCGUGCAUAUGCAAGAUCGUUGCUUUAAGAAAAGACGGACAAUUCGUCGACGUCGUAAAAAGCGGAGAUAUUUGUUGCGUUGUUUGUGACCGAACCGCGUUUUACGCCGAAGCUGGCGGUCAGGUGUACGAUGAAGGGUACAUGCGCAAGAAAGACGAAGACGAAGUCGAAUUCACCGUAAAGAACGUCCAGACAAGGGGUGGCUACGUGGUUCAUGUCGGAGAAGUAGAGGGUACAUUGCGCCUGGGCGACACCGUUCAGCAGUUUAUCGAUUUUGACAGAAGAAAACUGGUAAUGAAAAACCAUACAGCAACUCACGUGCUGAAUUUUGCCCUGCGUGAAGUUCUUGGUACUGCAGACCAAAAGGGUUCGCUGGUGGCUCCUGACAGACUGCGGUUCGAUUUUACUGCACAGACCUAUCCAGAUCCGGUAAGGAUCGUCAGUAUCGGCGUUACGGUGGAACAGCUACUAGAAGAUCCGGAUGGUCCUGCGGCCAGCAAAACAUCCGUCGAAUUUUGCGGUGGAACGUAA